UCCCGGGGCCCGCGCCGAAGGCGGCAGGGAUGCGCCAUGGCCACGCUGGCCUGCCGGGUGCAGUUCUUGGACGACACGGACCCUUUCAACAGCACCAACUUCCCCGAGCCCAGCCGGCCGCCGCUGUUCACGUUCCGCGAGGACCUCGCGCUCGGCACCCAGCUGGCCGGGGUCCACCGGCUGCUGCGGGCGCCGCACAAGCUGGAUGACUGCACGCUGCAGCUGUCCCACAAUGGCACCUACCUGGACCUGGAAGCCACCCUGGCCGAGCAGCGGGAUGAGCUGGAGGGCUUCCAGGAUGACGCGGGGCGGGGCAAGAAGCACAGCAUCAUCCUAAGGACACAGCUGUCCGUGAGGGUCCAUGCCUGCAUCGAGAAACUGUACAACUCCAGUGGACGAGAUUUGAGAAGGGCCCUUUUCUCCCUGAAGCAGAUAUUUCAGGAUGACAAGGAUUUGGUGCAUGAAUUCGUCGUGGCGGAAGGUCUGACGUGUUUGAUCAAGGUGGGAGCGGAAGCGGAUCAGAACUAUCAGAACUACAUCCUGAGGGCUUUGGGCCAGAUUAUGUUGUAUGUGGAUGGGAUGAAUGGAGUAAUAAACCACAAUGAAACCAUUCAGUGGCUGUACACUCUCAUUGGGUCAAAGUUCCGCCUGGUGGUGAAGACGGCCCUCAAGCUGCUGCUGGUCUUCGUGGAGUACUCGGAGUCCAAUGCGCCUCUCCUCAUUCAGGCUGUCUCUGUGGUGGACACAAAAAGAGGUGUCAAACCCUGGACAAAUAUCAUGGAAAUCCUGGAGGAGAAGGAUGGAGUUGACACAGAGCUGCUGGUUUAUGCAAUGACUUUAGUGAACAAGACGCUGUCAGGAUUGCCAGACCAAGAUGCCUUCUACGACGUGGUGGACUGCCUGGAGGAGCUGGGCAUCGCAGCCGUGUCCCAGAGGCACUUAAGCAAGAAAGGGACCGACUUGGACUUGGCGGAGCAGUUUAACAUCUAUGAGGUGGCGCUCAGGCAUGAAGACGGUGACGAGAUGGCUGAGCCGCCCCCCAGCGGGUGCCGGGACAGGAGGCGGGCCAGCGUGUGCUCCGGAGGCAGUGGCGAGCACCCGGGCCUGGACCGCAGAAGGAGCCGCAGACACUCGAUUCAGAGCAUCAAGAGUCCGCUCUCAGCUCCCACAAGUCCCUGCUCCCAGUCGGCUCCUGGCUUCAAGCCCAGCCAAGUGCGAGAGCUCCGUGAAAAGGAGGAGGAUGAAGAGGAGGAGGAAGAGGAACAGCCAGUCACGGAACCCAAUUCAGAGGAAGAGAGAGAGGAUGAUGCUCAAUAUCAAAGCAAGGACAGCAGCGAGGCCAGCCCUGCCACUGAGCACAGCCCUCCUGGAAGGGACGCUGCUCCCCAGAGCUCUGCUGCCUCAGCUGCCUCCAGUGCUGCUUUGCAGGGCAGGCGGCUCCCCGGGGCCACCAUGGCGGGGAGCCCCCGGUGUAGCGGGGCCUCUGUGCCUGAGGCCGCCCGGCCUGCCCUCCUGUCGCCCCCCAGCCCCGCCUCAGCCCCUCGGCCCCCGUCCUCCACACCUGGCUCCCUAAAGGCGUCCCCGACUGUAGAGAGGCUGCCCUACGUGCCGCACAGCCCCUUCCACCUUUUCUCCUAUGACUUUGAGGAGUCUCCCGUGCUCACCAAGGAAAAGGACGCAGAGUCGCAGAAGGAGAACAGAUAUGCCAACUUUGGCAACAGCACUUACCACUCGGCAAGACCCCCCGCUGGGCCUGGGGGACCCACCACCACCACAUCAUCUCUCUCGCCACCUCAGGAGGCCAGGUCGUCAGAAAGGUCAUCGCUGAGCGGUCUUCUCACUUCGUCCUUUAAGCAACACCAAGAGUCAUUGGCAGCAGAGAGAGAGAGGCGGCGGCAGGAGAGAGAAGAGCGGUUGCAGAGAAUAGAACGGGAAGAGAGGAACAAGUUCAACCGAGAGUACUUAGACAAAAGAGAAGAGCAGAGACAAGCAAGAGAAGAAAGAUACAAAUACUUGGAGCAGUUGGCAGCUGAAGCGCACGAGAAGGAGCUGAGAAGCCGGAGUGCAAGCCGGGGCAGAGCUGACCUCUCCUUGGACCUGACCUCUCCGGCCGCUCCUGCCCCCUCCACCCCACUGAGCCACAGCCCUUCAUCUGUAGAUUCGCAGGAGGCUCUCCCCGUGUCAUCCUCCUCCCUGGGAACACCGCAGCAUCCCCAAGCGAGUGCCGGGGAUCCUGAGUCUCAGCCGGAGGCAGAACCGGGCCCAGCGGCCGAAGCGAGGCAGAUUGUCCAUGAAGACAGCCAGGAAGUAGCCGCCACCCAAGGUGGAGCCGAGAGUGAGGCGGAGCGGGCGCUGGAGCAAGAGCCGGAAGAGCGAGCCUCCCUCAGUGAGAAGGAGAGGCAGAACGAGGAGGUGAACGAGAGGGACAACUGCUCCGCCUCCAGCAUCUCGUCUUCCAGCAGCACGUUGGAGAGGGAGGACAAGGAGGACAAGCUGUCCCGGGACAGGGCACCUGGCUUGUGGUGUGCAGGCACUCAGGAUGCAGGUGUAAAUGGACAGUGUGGCGACAUCCUCACCAACAAGCGGUUCAUGCUGGACAUGCUCUAUGCCCAUAACAGAAAGUCCACGGAUGAUGAGGAGAAGGGCGAGGGCGAGGCUGAGAGGACCGAGCAGGAGGCCGAGGCGGUUGCCAGCCUUGCCACCAGGAUAUCCACCCUGCAGGCCAAUUCCCAGGCCCAGGAUGAGAGUGUCAAGAGGGUGGACGUUGGCUGCUUGGACAAUCGGGGCAGCGUGAAAGCAUUUGCUGAAAAAUUCAACAGCGGGGACCUGGGGCGAGGAUCCGGCUCCCCCGACACUGAGCUCGGUGACAAGGGCCCGGAGGUGGCACCUGCGCAGCUGAAGACGGAGUCUGAUUACAUCUGGGACCAGCUCAUGGCCAAUCCGAGGGAGCUCAGGAUCCAAGACAUGGAUUUCACUGACCUGGGGGAGGAGGACGAUGUUGACGUCCUGGAUGUGGACCUGGGCCACAGGGAGGCCCCGGGGCCGCCUCCCCCACCCCCACCCACCUUUCUGGGCUUGCCCCCUCCACCCCCUCCGCCCCUGCUGGACAGCGUGCCCCCCCCUCCAGUCCCUGCUAAUUUAUUGGCUCCUCCUCCUCCAGCAUUCAACGCUCCUCAGGGCUUAGGGUGGUCCCAGGUAGGCAGGGGUCAGCCCGCAUUUGCUAAGAAAAAGAAGACUAUCCGUCUGUUCUGGAACGAAGUCCGGCCCUUUGAGUGGCCAUGUCCCAACAACCGCCGCUGCAGGGAAUUCCUGUGGUCGAAACUGGAACCCAUUAAGGUGGACACUUCCAGACUGGAGCACCUGUUUGAGUCCAAAUCCAAGGAACUGUCUGUCACAAAGAAAACUGCUGCAGAUGGAAAAAGGCAGGAGGUCAUUGUGCUGGAUUCCAAGAGGAGUAACGCCAUCAAUAUCGGCCUGACAGUGCUGCCCCCUCCGAGGACGAUCAAGAUCGCCAUCUUGAACUUUGAUGAAUAUGCCUUGAACAAAGAAGGCAUUGAGAAAAUUCUAACGAUGAUUCCCACUGAAGAGGAGAAGCAGAAAAUUCAGGAAGCUCAACUGGCUAACCCCGAAGUGCCAUUGGGCAGUGCAGAGCAGUUCCUCCUCACGCUGUCCUCCAUCAGCGAGCUCUCCGCUCGGCUCCACCUCUGGGCGUUCAAAAUGGAUUAUGAAACCACGGAGAAGGAAGUAGCAGAACCACUUUUGGACCUGAAGGAAGGCAUAGACCAGUUGGAGAACAAUAAAACCUUGGGCUUCAUCCUGUCUACUCUCCUGGCCAUUGGGAACUUUCUAAAUGGAACUAAUGCCAAAGCAUUUGAGUUAAGCUACCUCGAGAAGGUUCCAGAAGUCAAAGACACCGUGCACAAGCAGUCACUUCUCCACCACGUGUGCACCAUGGUGGUGGAGAACUUUCCAGACAGCUCCGAUCUGUACUCGGAGAUCGGAGCCAUCACCAGGUCAGCCAAGGUUGACUUUGAUCAACUUCAGGAUAAUUUGUGUCAGAUGGAGAGAAGAUGCAAAGCUUCAUGGGAUCACCUCAAGGCAAUUGCAAAACAUGAAAUGAAACCAGUUUUAAAACAGCGGAUGUCCGAGUUCCUGAAAGAUUGUGCAGAGCGAAUUAUAAUUUUAAAGAUUGUCCACAGGAGGAUAAUUAACAGGUUCCACUCCUUCCUGCUCUUCAUGGGCCAUCCCCCGUACGCGAUUCGGGAGGUGAACAUAACCAAGUUCUGCAGGACCAUCAGUGAGUUUGCGCUGGAGUACCGCACCACCAGGGAGAGGGUUCUGCAGCAGAAACAGAAACGGGCCACCCACAGGGAGAGAAACAAGACCAGAGGGAAGAUGAUCACGGACACUGAGGACGAGGACGAAGUUGAGUCCGGCAAGUUCUCUGGCACUUCCCCGGCUCCUCCGAGCCAGCCGCAGGGUCUGAACUAUGCCGACGACGCUGCUGAACAUGAGAACAUGAAGGCUGUGCUGAAAACCUCUUCCCCCGCCAUGGAGGAUGCCACCCCGGUGCUGGGUGUCCGCACUCGCAGCCGUGCGAGCCGAGGAUCCACUAGUUCGUGGACUAUGGGAACCGAUGACUCUCCUAAUGUCACGGAUGACGCGGCCGAUGAGAUCAUGGACCGCAUUGUCAAGUCAGCCACGCAGGUGCCCAGUCAGCGAGUGGUACCUCGGGAGAGAAAGCGAUCCCGGGCCAACAGGAAGUCUCUGCGAAGGACCCUGAAGAGCGGCCUGACUCCGGAAGAGGCCAGAGCCCUGGGCCUGGUUGGCACCUCGGAGCUGCAGCUGUGACCCUCACAGAGCGCCUUGAGGAGUGUACGGAGCAGAGGGCAAGCUGCCGCUGGCUGCAAGCCCUCCACUGGGUGCCGGGGGAGACUGGACACUGACCCCCCGGGGUUCUGGAAGAGAGUACCUCCUCCGGGUGUCCCCACACGGCUGGCGCUGCCUGCUCUGCAAGCCGUGCACCUCCAGCAGUCUCCCACACACGCUUCUCUCGUCGUGUCCGCUGUGUCUCUCUUGUGUUCCUGACGCCUGGUUUGUUAGUCCUAACGUGUGACACCUUUUCUGGGCCGGGGGCAGCCCUUUGAAGGAGCAGAUCACUUCUGUCACAGUUUUUAUGAGGCAGUUUGGCUAGAUCGGCAGACUGGGUCUCCGGCACCCCUGAGUCUCCAGAUGUCAACCCCAAACUUGUACACAAAAGCAAGCACAGGUUGUUUUCCAGUUGUGGAUUUCAGAUGUACUAAAUGUUUAUACAAAUUCCUAAGUGUACACCGUGUUUCAAAUACUAAAUAAAUAGUUUAA